AUGAGUCAACAAACAAAAGAGAAAAAAUCGAGAACAGCGCACCGAUCUUACACAAGAAAGCUCAUACACAAAGCUGGAGAAGUCUGUAACAACUAUGAUGGAACAAAACCUGGAGAGAUAAAGUUGGAGGGUUUGAAACGAGAUUUAUCGGAGAAACUUACUAUCUUAGAUAAACUGGAUAAUUCAAUAAUCGAAACUGUAGACGAGGAAAAGGAUAUCGAAGCGGAAAUAAACGAAUCAAGCGAAUUUCGAAGUUCUAUUCAUGAAGCAAUAUCGCAAAUAGAUUUAUGUUUGCAGGAACAUAAAGUCAAACAUAAUGGGGGGCAUGAUCCAAAUGGCUCUUUGAGUUCAAGUUCUGUGGUUAACAGCUCAUAUUCUGAUGGCAAGCAAAAUGUUCGCCUACCAAAGCUGAAUUUAAAACAUUUUAAAGAAGAUCCAAUCAAAUUUCAAGCAUUCUGGGAUUCAUUUGAAACCACAAUUCAUAAUAAUGAGGAUGUAUCGAAUGUGAGUAAAAUGAGUUAUUUGGUUAGUUUACUGGAGGGACCAGCUUAUUCGGCUGUAGCUGGCCUUUCGCUUACAAGUGCAAAUUAUAAAACUGCAGUAGAUACACUGAAAGAACGAUUCGGUUGUGAAGAAGUAGUUAUAUCGGCCCACAUGGAUGCCCUACUUAAAUUGUCAGGAGCUAAUACAAAUUCAGAUACAAAGAAAUUAAGAGGAAUAUAUGAUGAAGUAGAACAACAUGUACGUGGUUUGAAAGCAGUCGGAAUUAGCAGUAAGCAGUAUGGAAAGUUACUUGUUCCUAUUUUGAUGAAUAAAAUCCCUCAAGAAUUGCAACUGAUAAUAACAAGGAAAUUGGGAAAGGAAAAGUGGGAUUUAGAUGCAUUACAGAAUGCUUUCAAGGAGGAACUGGAAGCUAGAGAGAUGUGCGAAUUUGUGACAGCUUCAAAGAAUGAUGAUAAAGGGAAAGGUGGAGGUGGUCGAAGGUAUCCAACUACGGCAGAGACAUUACUAGCUCAAGGUCAGUAUGAGAGAAAGGGGAGUGGCAUAACAUGUACGUACUGUCGCGGUAGUCAUCCUAGUGCUCAAUGUCAUGCGAUAACUGACGUGCAGGCCAGAAGAGAAGUUCUCAAGAGCAAAGGUAAAUGUUACAAUUGUUUAAGGGCAGGACACAUCAGUUAUCAAUGCCAGUCAACCACAAAAUGUUAUGUUUGUGGAUACAGGCAUCAUAUCAGUAUAUGUCCAAGGAGGGCCCAUCCAUCAAAUUUCCCAAAGAAGAAUGAUUCUUCACAGUCUCCACCAGGUCUCCCAGAUUCACCCAAAUCCAAUCCUACAGCAACUGUAUUCUCAGACACAGAGGAGGGAAUUUUAUUGCAAACUGCCACAGCUCCUGUGUGUAAUCCUAGAAGUCCUGAAAAGAUCGUGAGUGCACGAAUUCUAUUUGACAGUGGGUCUCAGAAAACUUAUAUUUCAAAGCGGUUAAAAGAUGCCCUCG